AUGACCGACGCCUCAGCCGCCCUGCGCGCCAAACAAGCGCCCCUCAAAGACUCCUACCGCAGCGACCCGUCCGCCGCCCUCGUCACGCUCAAGUCAUCCGGCACGCUCGACAGCAGCAGCAUAACCUGCAAGCUCUCCACCGGCGCCGCCGUCUCGCAGGCACAGUCCAAGAUCGCCGGGCUGCACCCGCGCGCCGGCGGCGACGACCCCGCCGUGUCGGGCGAGCUGUGCAGCGGCGACAUGCUGCUGGAGGCGCUGGUCGCCUGCGCCGGCGUCACCCUCAAGGCCGUCGCCACCGCCCUCGCCAUCCCGCUCGCUGGCGGCACCGUCCAUGCCGAGGGCGACCUCGACUUCCGCGGCACCAUGGGCGUCGACCGCGAGGCCCCCGUCGGCUUCAAGACCAUCCGUCUCGGCUUCGACGUGCAGCUGGAUGGCGACCUGGGCGAAGACGGUGAUGCUAAGAUUGAGAAGCUGGGGAAGCUGACGGAGCGGUAUUGCGUCGUGCUGCAGACCAUCGCGAAGAAGCCCGAGAUCAGUGUGAGUGUGAGGGGAAAUAGUGAGGCCGAAGAUGGCGUCGAGAAGGGAUACGCAUGGGGCCAGAGAAGCUAG